CGCCGGCCCCGCUCCGCGCCUCCCCGCCGCCAGCAUGUCGGUGGUGGGCAUCGACCUGGGCUUCCAGAGCUGCUACGUCGCCGUGGCGCGCGCCGGCGGCAUCGAGACCGUGGCCAACGAGUACAGCGACCGCAGCACGCCAUCAUGUAUAGCCUUUGGACCUAAGAAUCGCUCAAUUGGCGCUGCAGCUAAAAGCCAGGUUAUUUCAAAUGCAAAGAAUACAGUACAAAGUUUUAAAAGAUUUCAUGGUCGUGCAUUCUCAGAUCCCUUUGUUCAAGCUGAAAAAGCAAACCUUGCGUACGAACUUGUCCAGCUGCCAACAGGCUCGACAGGCAUCAAGGUCAUGUACAUGGAAGAAGAAAGAAACUUUACUGUUGAGCAGGUGACAGGAAUGCUCCUUACCAAAUUAAAAGAGACUGCUGAGAAUGCACUUAAGAAGCCUGUUGUUGACUGUGUUGUUUCUGUUCCCUGUUUCUAUACAGAUGCAGAAAGGAGAUCUGUGAUGGAUGCUACACAGAUUGCUGGUCUCAACUGCCUGAGGCUAAUAAAUGAAACAACUGCAGUUGCCCUUGCAUAUGGAAUCUAUAAACAAGACCUGCCUGCCUUAGAAGAGAAGCCGAGAAAUGUUGUGUUUGUGGAUAUGGGGCAUUCUGCAUAUCAAGUUUCUGUUUGCGCAUUCAACAAAGGAAAACUGAAGGUUCUUGCUACAUCAUUUGACACAACGCUUGGAGGCAGGAAGUUUGACGAGAUGUUAGUUGAAUACUUCUGUGAAGAGUUUGGAAAGAAAUAUAAACUAGACAUCAAGUCAAAGAUCCGUGCCUUGUUGAGACUGUACCAGGAGUGUGAAAAACUGAAAAAACUGAUGAGUGCUAACGCCUCUGAUCUGCCAAUGAACAUAGAAUGCUUCAUGAACGACAUAGAUGUCUCUGGAACCAUGAACAGAAGCAAAUUUUUAGAGAUGUGUGAUGGUCUUCUUGCAAGAGUCGAGCCGCCCCUUCGCAGUGUGCUGGAACAAGCCAAGUUAAAGAAGGAGGAUAUUUAUGCAGUAGAAAUAGUUGGUGGUACCACAAGAAUUCCUGCUGUAAAAGAGAAGAUCAGUAAAUUUUUUGGCAAAGAAGUCAGUACGACUUUGAAUGCAGAUGAGGCUGUUGCACGAGGUUGUGCACUGCAGUGUGCCAUUUUAUCCCCGGCUUUCAAAGUACGAGAAUUUUCUAUCACAGACCUAACACCAUAUCCUAUUUCGUUACGAUGGAAUUCACCAGCAGAAGAGGGGUUAAGUGACUGUGAGGUCUUUCCCAAGAAUCACACCGCUCCCUUCUCUAAGGUGCUCACCUUCUACAGGAAGGAACCUUUCACCCUUGAGGCGUACUACAGCUGUCCCAAGGAACUGCCUUACCCAGACCCUGCAAUAGCUCAUUUCUUGGUUCAGAAGGUCACGCCCCAAACAGAUGGAUCCAGUUCAAAAGUCAAAGUGAAAGUUAGAGUCAAUAUUCAUGGCAUCUUCAGUGUUUCAAGUGCAUCUUUAGUGGAGGUUCAUAAAUCAGAUGAGAAUGAGGAGCCUAUGGAAACAGACCAGCAUGCAAAAGAGGAAGAGAAAAUGCAGGUAGACCAGGAGGAGCAGCAAAAGACUGAAGAACAACAGCAGGCCCAAGCUGAAAAUAAGGCAGAGUCUGAAGAAAUGGAGGUAACAACUGCUGAUUCAAAAGACAAGAAAGUGGAUCAACCACCUCAAGCCAAGAAGGCUAAAGUAAAGACUACUACAGUGGACCUGCCCAUUGAGAAUCAGUUGGUGUGGCAGAUAGGGAAAGAUAUGCUGAACUUAUUCAUUGAGAACGAGGGUAAGAUGAUAAUGCAGGAUAAGCUAGAGAAGGAAAGGAAUGAUGCCAAGAAUGCAGUGGAGGAGUAUGUGUAUGAUAUGAGAGACAAACUCUGCAGUAUUUAUGAGAAAUUCGUGAGUGAAGAUGAUAGAAAUAGUUUCACGCUGAAGCUGGAAGAUACAGAAAACUGGCUUUAUGAAGAUGGCGAAGACCAACCCAAACAAAUUUACAUUGAUAAAUUAACAGAACUGAAGACUCUGGGUCAACCUAUUCAGGCAAGAUUUCAAGAAUCGGAAGAAAGACCAAAAGCCUUUGAGGACUUGGGAAAGCAAAUUCAACAGUACAUGAAAACUGUUCAUGCCUUUAAAGCAAAGGAUGAACAAUAUGACCAUCUAGAUGAAGCAGAUAUAGCAAAAGUGGAGAAGAGUGCAAAUGAAGCUAUGGAGUGGAUGAAUAACAAACUCAAUCUUCAGAACAAGAGAAGUCUUACUUUGGACCCAGUUGUAAAAGCUAAAGAGAUACAAGCCAAGACUAAAGAAUUGACCAGUAUUUGCAAUCCUAUAGUCACAAAACCAAAACCCAAGGUUGAACUCCCAAAGGAGGAGCAGAAACCAACSGAACAGAAUGGACCAGUAGACGGGCAGGGCGACGCGAGCAGUGGGGCCCAGGCUGCUGAGGAGAGCGCUGCUGCAGCGGCCCCCGCAGCUCCGGAGAAGAAGCUCCCCGAGAUGGACAUUGACUAAACUUCAGAACUUGUUUAUAUUACUGCAAACUACAAUAAAGCUUUAAGUUGUCAACUUUGUAUGUUCUGAAUACAAAUGGAAGCCAGUGAAUACCACAGGGCUCUUGGUAGUUUCUGAAGAGGCUUGGUCAGUGUCAGAACACUGAAGUAGCUUACUACUUGGUCAGAGAAGCUGUAUCUUGCUAUAAUGAUUGUAUUUAGAAGUUUCUGGUAUUCUUACUAACAGAAACGGCCAUAAGCUGAUCCUCUGUUUUUUAAUCAUCUUCAUGCUGAGUCAGUCUUGUUCUAAAGAAGUGAGACAGCAAAAAAUCUUUAAGUCUAACUUGCCACACUCUUGUUUCAUUCACUUUUUCUUGUGGCUUACAGCAAUGGUGCUUGUAGUGCCCUUUAAUAACAAGGAAGGGAGGAGAUGAGAGAGGGAUUGCUCUUUCUAGAGCCUGGAGUCUUUUGUUUGCUUAUUUUGAUCUAGCCCUUGCUUUGUUGCUAACACCUACUUUAGAUUUAUUUUGACCUGGACUGAGUUGACAAUAUUUUAUCUGCACUUGAGCAAUUAAUUGCUGCACAAGGUAUGCAAAGUACUAGGUAGUACUGCSCUUAUGUUAUUUGUUAGCUGGUGCCCUCACGUCAUGGAUCGUGAGCUCCAGCUGUUACCUGGUAUGUAGAAUAGCGCCUGUCGGCUCUUGCAGAUCAGGCUCUGGAUGUGCYCUUAGCUCUGAACGUGUGUAUUCCUGGCCAGCUCCCCAGCUAACCAGAGCAUGUAAACCUCYCUA